AUGCUGCGUCUGAACUCAUUGUCAUUACUUGGCAUACUUCUUCACCAUUACUUCUUUUCCUCAACCUCAGCAUUACCCCUCGAAACCCACCGUCAAUUAUCCCUCACUCUCUCCAAGCGGACUGUCGAAUUCCUCGACUGUCCCGGUCCCCUACCCUUACCGCCUUACCCCGAAGCCCCAAUCUUCAUGAAAGCCACCCACAUCGACGUCGAAAGCCAAGCUCCCACCGCACUCACCUACACCGAUCGCUGGGGCGAACAAGAAUACAUCUUCGAACGCGAAGGUCUCUGUUCCCGCGCCGGCUGCAAAUGUGUUUCCGGGUCCAUCGUCUGCAAUAACUUCGGAUACCUUUUCUUCUCGAGAGUUCUCCACAGUUGGUACUCAGCUGAUUGCUUGGCCACGUGUUCCUGCAGCUUUGUCGAUCCGCAUAAUCCACCAUCAGUCAGCCUGACUGGAGGAGGCAAGAACGUCAGUGUGGAUCUAAUUGCGAGUCUAGGGAGCGGAACUGUGAACAUAGCCUCAACAGAUUGA